AUGGGAGUAAAGGAAAAUAAUAGAAGGGGAUGGGAGGAAAUUGGGGAAAGAGAACUUAGCGACUGGUGGAAAUUUGGGGAAAUUGGGGGAUGUAAAAAUAUAGGCAAAGGCCCCCUGACAGCUCACUAUGUUGAUGAGAAGGGAAUAGUUAGAGCAAAACCUGUCUACUAUGAAUGGCGUCCAACCCUCUGUGGAUGCUGUAACAAUUACGGUCAUGGGGAAGAGAAUUACAGAAAGAAGAAGGCAGAUCAAGUAGUUCUUGAGAAAACACAAGCCAAACAGAAAAGUGCUAGUACAGAAUGGAGAAUGGUGACUAAGAAAAAGGGGACUGAAGAGCAUAAUGCUACACAACCAGAACUACAACUUUAG